UAACUUAAUAAUACUGUAAAUCAAUAAAAUAAAGUUAUGCGAAGCCAUUAAAACAUUCUUGAGCUUUUGAACACGAUGCUGCUAAACGCAAAAAAAAAAAAAAAAAAAAAAAAAAAAAAAAAAGGAACAAAAGAAGUAAAGAAUUUGAAAAUGUUACAAUGAAACCGCUCUCUGUGUGUUCGUUUGAAGUUCCGCAGACCCUAAAUCGCGGCAGAUUCGUUCUCUUCGUCUUCCUUUUAGAUCUCAAUUUAGAGCAGUCCUUGCUUGUUUCUUCUUCUCCCACCUCAUUUGUUUAGCUGUUGAUUUGGAGUUCCUCUAUCCGCUCAUCGGCAUCUGUGAGAGAGCAUGGCCAACACAAUUGCACGCGGGCAGAUGAUUUUCCAGGACGAGAACGCAUUGGCGGCCCAUGGAAAAAAGGCAGUUGCUGCUGGAAAAGGUAAGAGUUCGCUCCCAGCUCCAAAGAAAAACGGGACGGGUUUCGGAAACCGCAAGGCUCUGCAUGAUAUUACAAACAAGUCAAAGUUACAACCUCAAGCUUCUUCCAAGACGAAGAAGAAUGUUGAAGGAGUGGACUUUGACAUAGCAAAGGAAGGUUUCUUGCAUGAUCACAGUAAAUGCAUUGAAGAACAACAACAAAAUCAGUGGGAUAGCUACUUCUCUGAACACAUCAUCCUUCAUGGACAUGAUACCAACAUCAACGAAGGGGUUCCUGAAUACAAUAAUAGUAAAGAGAUUGAUGAUGAGAACAGCCACUCUUGGGAUGAACUCAAAGAGAUACCAACGGAGGAGUUUUCCGAUCUGCUGGAAUGCUCAACUCAAUGGCGUUCACCACCAGACUCGCCCAUCCAUCAUCAUUCUUCGUUACCUUCAUCGCCUUUGCCAUGGCAUUUUGAAAACAUAGAAUUCAAGCUCAAGGAAGAUGAAGACACCACCUGAGGUCCAGUUUUACUUUAGUUUUGUUUUUUUGUUGGAACAGUAUCAGUACCUUCUUAGUUUCCAAUGUGAUGGUGUAUCUACAAAUCUGCUCGAAAACCAGUUACUCAGCAUUGUUACUAGGGGGUAAAAACACUGUAUGUUUAUAGGAUUUACAGAAUGAUUCACCACAAAGAAUUUACAACUUU